AUAUAAUGUCCAGAAUGUACUUUUCUGGUCUUUCAGGUUGCUUGCAUAACUAUGCAUUUAGUUGAACUUAUGGUUAUUCUAGCUGACAACAGCCCUGAUGUUUUUCAGGAAAGUUCGUGAUCCCCGGGCCAAUUUCAACCAGUCUCUGCGUGUACUGAAACAUGCCAAGGAGGUUCAGCCUGAUGUUAUUUCUAAAACAUCUAUAAUGUUGGGUUUAGGCGAGAAUGAUGAACAAGUAUAUGCAACAAUGAAAGCACUUCGUGAGGCAGACGUGGACUGUUUGACUUUAGGACAAUAUAUGCAGCCAACAAAGCGCCACCUUAAGGUUGAAGAAUAUAUUACUCCUGAAAAGUUCAAAUACUGGGAAAAAGUAGGAAAUGAACUUGGAUUUCAUUAUACCGCAAGUGGCCCGUUGGUGCGUUCUUCAUAUAAAGCAGGUAA